AUUUUCCAACAGCUUUUAUAAACCAACAAGAAAAGCGUGCCAACUGUUUUUGUUUUGAGGCUUUUUCGCUUCGUGCGCCUCUCUGGCUUUUCUCUGUCGUUCGUGCUCGUGCGCUUUUCCGUGGUGGGAAAUACGGUUUUCCGUACGUCGUUUGUUGCUGUUCAUCCAUCGGUCGUCGCGGAGUGCGUUAACGGAAUACGGAAAGCGAAUACGAAGCGGAUUCGAAAGCAAAACAGCAAGCGCGAAGAGGAAGCCAGAAACGCGGCGUCAAAUUGAUUUUUAUCGUGCGAGAAACGGACGGGUAAAAAGUGAAGAGAGUUCAAAAAUUACAUAAAGAAGGAGACAAAGGGAAGCUUGAUUGCUGGUGAAAGAGGGCCAAGUGGCGGACUUGCUCCAGCAUGCAUGUCGUAUGCGUGAUGUAAGGACAGAGAAAAGGACGAAGAGCAAGAGAACAGAGCGAGAGAGGGCAGAGCGGACGCGAGAGUGAGCAGCAGGGAAGGCAAAGUGAAUCUCUUCCAGGGCACAAUGUCAUCGAUCUCGGCCCAAGGCGUGGUCGAGCGCGCCUCUGCCGAACUAUCUAAACGCAUCAACGGUCUGGGACUCCGAUCGAAGCAUCACCACAGCAGCGGCAGUGCCGGCAGUACCGACGGCGCCUCCUCAAAUUCCAGCACGUCCAGCACGACCGCGUCCAGUGGCAAGACCUCGGUGAUGGAGCGCGUCACCAACGCCCUCUGUGGCGGUGGCAAUUCCAAUGCCAAUGCCAAUGCCAACUCCAAUUCCAAUAGCGGCAGCAACAGCUCCUCUGCGGCGGCAGCAGCUGCCACUGCCGCGAGUAAUGCCAAUGCCCCGCCCACACCGGACAAGCCAUCGCGGGCCAGCCAGAGUCCCGUUACCGGUACAGUCUCUCCACAGCAGCAGCAGCAGCAACAGCAGCCACCGCCUCUGGUGCCACCGUCGGCCAGUUCCGGCGUUCCGGCAACUCUCAACCAAACCUCAACGACGGCGCUGCUCAUGCAACAGCAGCAGCAGCAGCAACACCAUCAGCUGCAGGCACAGAUGGCCGGCUCCACGCUGAUUAAUUCGAAUCACCACUUGGCCAUGUCCGCCGUCGGACCGGGACCGGCUCCACCAUCGGGAUUGCCGCUCGGAGCCCCACCAGCACCGACGGUCAAGUCGAUAGCCAAGCAAAUGAAUAUCCAAAUUCCGGGCGUCGGGAUCGGUGUCGGCGCUGGCGCGGGCUCCGGCUCGCCCACAUUCAGCACCAUGGGCAUGGUGGCGGCCCAGAAGGCGGCCGCCGGUGGAGGCACACCGCUGCAGCUGCGCAAGCAGCUGCCCAAUCCCCACCUGCACCAUCCGUACGGCAAUGUGGUCGUACCGGGUGUCGUCCCGGGCUCUGUCUCGGGUCCAGUGCAGGCCUCCCAGUUGGCCGCCGUCGCCGCCACCCAGUCCACGCUGAUCCUCCACAAGCACCCGCACCCGCCUCUCAUCCACAGCAUCGAUGCCCUGCUGCUCGACGAUCGCUUCCUGAAUCGCUUUUUCCAAUACUUUUCGCCCUACGAGCGCCGCGUCCUCGCCCAAGUGUGCAUCAAGUGGCGGGACAUACUGUACCGCAGUCCCCGCUACUGGUCCGGCCUGCUGCCCACGCUGCAGUGCCGCGAACUCCGUCAGAUGCCCGGCUGCGAUCGCGGCAAACUCUACAACUCGCUCAUACGUCGCGGCUUCCAUGCUCUCGGCCUGGUGGGCGCCUCCGAUGAGGAUGCCCUGGACGUCGUGCACUCAUUCCCGCUCGCCUCCAAGCAUGUCCACUCGCUCAGCCUGCGCUGCUCCUCGAUCAGUGAUCGUGGUCUGGAAACGCUGCUCGAUCAUUUGCAGAGUUUGUUUGAACUGGAGCUGGCUGGAUGCAAUGAAGUCACCGAGGCUGGAUUGUGGGCGUGCCUGACGCCCCGCAUCGUCUCCCUGUCGCUGGCGGAUUGCAUCAAUAUUGCGGACGAGGCUGUGGGGGCGGUGGCACAGCUGCUGCCCUCUCUGUACGAGUUCUCACUGCAGGCAUACCACGUCACGGAUGCGGCCCUUGGCUAUUUUUCGCCCAAGCAAAGUCACAGUCUGAGCAUACUACGCCUGCAGUCGUGCUGGGAGCUGACCAACCAUGGCAUUGUUAAUAUCGUGCACUCGUUGCCGCAUCUGACGGUGCUGAGCCUCUCCGGCUGCAGCAAGCUAACUGACGAUGGCGUCGAGCUGAUUGCCGAGAAUCUGCAGAAGUUGCGCGCCCUUGACCUGUCCUGGUGUCCCCGCAUUACGGACGCCUCGCUCGAGUAUAUCGCCUGUGAUCUGAAUCAACUGGAGGAGCUGACGCUGGAUAGAUGCGUGCACAUUACGGAUAUUGGCGUUGGAUAUGUGUCCACGAUGCUCUCGCUCACCGCACUCUUUCUGCGCUGGUGCUCACAGGUGCGGGACUUUGGGCUGCAGCAUCUCUGCUCGAUGCGCAACCUCCAGGUGCUGUCGCUGGCCGGAUGUCCGCUGCUGACCUCGUCGGGGCUGUCCAGCCUCAUCCAGCUGCGUCACCUGCAGGAGCUCGAGCUCACAAACUGUCCGGGUGCGUCGCACGAGCUGUUCGAUUACUUGAAGGAGCACUUGCCGCGCUGCCUAAUAAUCGAAUAAUCGAUUGAGAUUGCCCCACUCAAAACACUGAACACUGAACUUUACUUUACCUCUCCCUCUGUCCCACACUUUGGAAACUUAAUUUAAUAACAAACUACAUACACAUUUAUGUAUGUAUGUAUCUGUGAGUUUGCUAAUUUGUACAUUUAUCUUAAGUCGGCAAGUUCCUAACUGCCCUUAAUCCCUUAAUCCUUCCCCCCACUUACUCGCGUAUAGUUUUAGAAUUUUGUUUGUAUGAUUUCUGCUGUGAUUUGGAAUGGAAACUAAGUUAAGUUGAUCUGUUUAAGACGAAGUACCACAAAAGACCCAAAGAUGAUAUUUAUUUACAUGCAAUAUAAAUAUAAUAUGUCUAAUAUACAAUUAAAAAAAAAACAAAUAUAUUUAUAAAUAUACAUACAUAAAUACAUUAAUUAAUUAUUUAUAUUAUUGUAGUUUUAACGGACCUUUUUAACUAUUAUUCUCGCUGUAACUAAACAAAAAACAAACAGAUACAGAAACAGUCAACUUGUAAAUUACAAAAAAAAAACACACACAAAUAUCUGUCACGUCUGUCGUGUCCUGUCAAGCAACCAAACAAAUCGAGACGAAACGAAACGAAACAUUGCGCCCAAAAUACUACCAAAAAUGCUAAAAGAAUCAAAAUAUGCAAUUAAUCCACACUAGUUCAAAGAAACCAACUAAUGAUAUGAGAAUAUUUACCAGUCUAGAAGAGGCAAAGGCAGAGGCAGAGGCAUGCACGAAGUUGCUGGGCAGCUUUAGAUGGAAUCAAAGAUGGAAUCCAAUAACUCCUCACACACCCGAAAACCGAAGCCCGACCAGGGAAAACCCCACUCCCCAAAAAUUUGAUUGUAAUUCUGUAAUUAAAGUGACAGUAAAAAGUAUUUAUAAGCAGAGAACCCAACAUAAAUGAUUCCAUUGUGCACGCUACAAACAAAGUCGAGUCCCCCUAACUCAUAGAAACACAAACACUUAAGUGGAACAGCAUACAAUGUACUAGCAGCAUCAUCUAGUCUACAUUUUAGAGCUCUCCUUCCUGUCUGUUGUUUUUAUCAAGUGAUAAGAAGCCCACACCCACACAAGCCUCUACUGUACAUGCUUUGAUUUAUUUUAAUUAUUAAAAUGUGAGCUCGUUUCAUCAUGAACAAAAGCGGAGUGCAGCUGGCAGUCUAAAAACCAAUAGCAAAAAAAAAACAUCUACAAGUACAUGAUAACAUAAAUAAAUGC